AUGUCUGCCACGAUCGACGUGGCGGGGCCACAGAUCAUCGACAUCAUGAUGCCCAAGAAGCGUCAGCAAGGAUUUGAGCCCGGCGCUAUGGGAGGACACUCUGCUACCGGCGCCGGUCCGAAUGCGAGCGUCGCUUCCGCGAUGAGCUCGCAAACAGUGCAGUCAUCAACUGCCACACACGCCAACAAUUUCUUCGGCCCCUUUGGCACUAACGGUCUUCCUAGCAGCUUCAUCGACACGGACAUCCUUCUUAACGAUGACCUUUGGAGCCAAUUCUCUCCAGCUACCACCAACACCUCGUCCAACGGCGCUGAUACCACAGGCCGGGAGCACCUGCAAUCAGGCUUCGAUGGCAACGCAGACCACGAAAUUGCCACUGACAGAGGCUUCGGUGAAACGUACGUCAACAUCCCUCAUACAGGUUCGACCGACAUGUUCGGACUGCAGGCACGCACCUUUGGCUCCGUUCGCCCUGAGGUGAGUCGUCUGAGCAAGGACGCCUCGUCCAUGGACGAUGGCGAUUCUCCUGACGGGUCCAACGGAGAGACCACCUCGACCGUCGCGACAAGCGUGAUCUCCCCAAGCUCGAUGGCCACCACAGGUGGUAGUCUUCCCAAAGGAACUGGCACUCGCCAUCACCGAUCUACCAGCAACGCAUCCUCGACGCAUCGGUCCAAGACUGCGCGCAGUCUGAGUCGUAGUCGCACCCGUGCUGCACCGGUCGCCUCGGAUCGUCGAACUGCUGAUCGCUCUCCCUCCCUCGAAAGGAGCGGUGUCGGCAAGGCGCCAUCCUCGAGAGCUCGUGUCAACCGAAGGGCGACUGUAGGGCCGGCUGCCCUUGCCAAUGGUCUUCAAAACAGCUCCACCCCGCAUCCGCCAGCACCCACUCGCUCGGCUUCAACGAUGGCUGCCGUUGGCUCAGGCAUGGGGCUCUCGUCCAGUUUUCAGCCUCAGACACAGAGGUGGAGCCUGUUUGGCACUCCAGAUGCGAACAACGGUGGCAACUUGCAUUUCAACUUCAACAACCCAUCAUCUUGGAGUACGCACGAGCACCCCGGUACAGCUUCUGCGUCGUCGUCGUUGCCGACGCCGCUCAACUUCCACACAAGCAUGGCGCAUCUCAAUCUGCAGACACCGCCGAUUUCUGCAGGUAUGCACAAUCACACGAAUAGGCUGGAAGAAGACAGUAGCUCGAAGCAGCCUUUCAAUCCGUUCCUGUUCCCUCCAUACACGCAGCCACGGAGCCACUCGACAUUGACGUCGGCUGAUGAUUCGGCUCACCAGCCAUUCGCUCCUCAAGCUCACGUGAGUGCGGAAGCGUCUGGGCGAUCCAGUGAAACCUCGGAGGUCAGCGAGGCCAAGCCAGCUACAAAGCCGCGACGGUCCAGCAAGGUGGCUUCACAAGCUUCGCGCGAGAAGCUAGCGAAAGAGAUCAAGACGGAGGCUGCCAGGACCGAACUCAAAAACGUCAGCUCCGAAGAGCCGCAGCAGGGUGACGAGGAUGAGGAUGACGACGGUGACGACGACGAUGAGCAGCUCGGAGGUGCAGCUGGUGGCAAGAGCGAGGCAGAGGCAAAGAGACUCGCCGAGAAGCGUCGCAAGCGUCGCGAGUCUCACAACGCCGUGGAGCGUCGCAGGAGAGACAACAUCAACGAGAAGAUCACCGAGCUGGCGACGUUGCUCCCCGAGGCCAUGCUGCUCGACGCCAUUGCCACGUCGACGCAGGGAGGCAACAGUGGAGCCUUUGCGCCUGCUCUCGCUGCCAAAGCUGCACUUGCAGCAGCGGCGGCAGCGGCAGCCAAAGGCGAUACGAUGCAAGACAGCGCCGACGGCCCGACCAAGCUUCCGAAAUCCUCGACCGAGGCGUACGCCGCAGCGCUUGCACCUGUCGAUGCAAACAGUGCAGCGCUAGCAGCAGCACAGGCCAAGCCGAACAAGGGCAUCAUCUUGCGCAAGAGUGUCGAGUACAUUCGGCACCUGCAGCAGUUCCUCGACAUGCAGAUGGGCCGUAUCAGCUUCCUCGAGGCAGAGCUUGCCCGAUCGCACCAAGCGUUGGCUGCGUCAGGCAUGCAGGCACCUCCGACGACGGAUCCGCAGCAAGGCUUGGGCGUGAUGCACGCCUUUUUCAACCAAGCUGACAACGGCACCGGUGACGGCUCCGGCAUGUUUGGCGGCCACACGCAGCAGCAGCAGCAGCAAACAUCCCACCUCCUCGGUCAACAACAUUCACAGCAUAGUCAGCAGAUGCAUCAACAGCCUCCGCAGGACUUUAGCACAAUGAACCUGCUCAGCUUGGGCAUGCCGAUGGACCAGCAAUCCACCGUCUCGCAGCCGCAGCAUCAGCAAUCAAUGUCGAUGCACCAGAGCGGUUUGUCCAUCCCACACACGAGCUCGAGCUCGCACGAUGCCAUGGGAAGUGCACCUGCCCUUGCUGCGUGGCUGGAAGGAUUCGACCAGCGCACGGGACUGCCGCGUCGAUCGUCGGUAGAUCCGAUCGAAGAAGAAGAGCACCAGAGCGGCGAGGAAGACAAGGAGCUGAGCCGUCGUGGACGAAGCCAGAACUCGCGCGCGCACGAUGCACACGACGAGCACUGGCGAGGACGUCCGCGCCACAAGAUGGGCCGCGGCGGUCGCGCUCAGGUGCAGGAGGGAAGCUGGCCUGAGUUGCAGCCAUGCGAGGCUCAGUCUCCGAUGCAGUUGGUGUCGGGAGAUGACGCUCAUCAGACGUCGAGCUUUUCGGAUCUGGGCGAUAUGAAGCUCGACUUGUAG